GUGAAAGCGCCGUCACCAGGCGUGCAGCCACCGCCUCUGGGAAUUGAAGUUUCGGGAGGAGGCUGACGCGUGGAGCCGACAGCACGUCAGGAAGGCUUUCCGACCGCAGCCCGGCAUUCCCCGUGGGCCGCGAGGCUUGAAACAGCAACUAUGUCAUCUGAAAUGCUGCCAGCAUCUGUUGAGCCUUCUGAAGUGGAAGGAAAGACGGGCAUGAGUGAAUCUGAAGCGGAGACACAGAAGCCAGGAAUCGACGCAGGGACAGAGACAAUAUCUAAACGACAGAUGAAGAAGCUGAUGAAACAGAAACAAUGGGAAGAACAGCGAGAACAGCGCAAGGAAAAACGAAAAGAAAAACGCAAGAGAAAGAAAUUAGAAUGGCAAUGUCAACUGGAGUCCAACUCAGAUGGAAAUGACAGAAAACGCAUUCGAAGACACGUCGUUCAUAGCAACCUCCGCCUUAUCAUCGACUGUAGCUUUGAUGACUUGAUGGUGUUAAAGGAUAUUAAGAAGCUUCAUAAACAGAUUCAACGAUGUUAUGCAGAAAAUCGGCGGGCAUCACAUCCCGUGCAGUUUUACUUGACAAGCCAUGGAGGUCAACUGAAAAAGAACAUGAAUGAAAAUGACAAAGGAUGGGUCAACUGGAAGGAUAUCCACAUCAAGUCAGAGCACUAUAGUGAAGUCAUAAAAAAAGAGGACCUGGUUUACCUGACAUCAGACUCACCUAAUGUACUGAAGGACUUAGAUGAGUCCAAGGCUUAUGUGAUUGGAGGGUUAGUGGACCACAACCAUCACAAGGGACUGACUUUUAAACAGGCAUCCAGUUACGGAAUUGAGCAUGCACAGCUCCCUCUUGGAGAUUUUGUGAAGAUGAACAGUCGAAAAGUCCUGGCAGUUAACCAUGCUCUUCCUGUGACUGGCUCUCUGACAGCAUUGCUACUCUGGGUGUUUGAAAUUAUCCUGGAGUUCUUGGAGACAAGAGACUGGCAGGAAGCAUUUUUUACAAUCUUACCCCCACGGAAAGGAGCCGUUCCUGCACACAAGGCCUGUGAAAGCUCCCCUUGGGACCAGCAAUCUCUCCAAGAAGGAUGGGACAGUGGCAGUGAGGGAGAGCCUUGCGGGAAUGACCCAGACUCGCCACAGAAAGAGCAAGACCAGCAAAGCAGCCUGGCAUCUGCAGCGAGCCCUGCCCCACAGUAACCUUCCCCUGCUCUCCUCUCGCCGAAGAGAAGCCAGACAGUGAGGCACUUCACAGAGGCCUCGGACUGCAGGAACGUCCAUCUUCUCUCGUCUCUUGUGGAACUUUAAAUCUUUUUCAAGAGUUAAAUGAUAAUGAAAAACCCUUUAAGCACUAAGAAAGGAUUGUUUGGUUUAAGACUUAAAGGUAUGAUUUCAAAAUUGUUUUAAGCCUCAAAUCAGAGUCACGGCAGAUGUUGCCACACUGGUAUGCCUUCAUUCUUCAUUCACUGGACUAUAUACUUCAGGGCGUGCCUUCUGACCUCUGAGCUUUGCUCUUUUAUGUUCCUAUUUGUGUCUUUUUGGUCUGAUGCCUAUUUGUUGGAGUAGCUUCCCAAGCUACCCUUCUGUGUUCAGUGCUUUUGUGUUCGGUGAAGUUCUUUCUAAGAAAUAUACUAAUUCUAGGAGGAAUAGGAGGUGUUUGCUGGCCUCAGCAAUUCUUUCCCUUUGGACAAUGGAGCCCAUUCCUGUGCCUCCUUUGUGAUGCCUUCUCAUGUUUCUGAAAUAGUCAAAAAAAUAAUUGUAAAUCCCUUAAUGACAAUAAUUUAUUCACUUAUAAAAUUAAUUUUUUGCUGGCUAGAUUAUUUUAUAAGGUUAUUUUUGAAGGAUCAAUUUGUCUUUACCUCAGUUUAAAACAACAAUAUAAGCUACCCUUUCCAGAUAUUUUCCAUACAUAGAACAUAUUUGCAUAUAUGUGAUUAUUCAUCUGCAUCCUACUGAAUCUGCCUAAUGUCAGUUUAUUUCUGUAAAUAACAUGCAUGUAGGAAAAUGUGCAUGUAAUGUUUACAUCUGUCUGGUUCACGUUUAGCUGUCACGUUUUGAUCCUUGAUGACAGGACUGAUAUGUAUUGUUUGUGGAAUGGUUGUAUUGAAUGCGCUAAUUUGAAUUUAUUAAAUGCCCAAAUCCAAAAUUAAAUAUUUUGGAAAUUUACGAAGGGAGACAGAGCAGAGGGGAACGUUACACAACUUCCAUGUUCUGCAUAGUAGUUGCAGAGAAGUGUGUUUAGAGCAAAUGCUCCUGGCCACAGUGCAGGUGUCCAGGAGCUCUCAGAGAACUGUGACAUAAGCUCUUGUGCUCUUCUCUCUACUAUAUAAUGUAUGUGCUGUCUUAACAUCACAGACGGAAGCUCAUUAGGCUUGGGUCUGAUGUUCCCUGUCUGUUUUUGCUUUAUUCGUAGUUACCUAUUGUAGCUAGUUCUUUGAAAGCUUAUUAAAAAAGUAUGUAAACAGUUAUACUACAGUUCUAAAAAAUAAAGUUCAUGUUGUUACUGUA